AUGCUUAUAAAUGGACAGUUUUCGAUAAAUACCAAAGUAUCAAAUUACUUUGAUACGCAGGGUCCGAGCUUUUCACUGGAGCCACCUAGUAGAAUCGAGUUUUUAAACACGGUUGGAAGCACAGUCUCUUGUAUUGCUCAUGGAAAUCCUGUUCCAAUAGUCCAGUGGCUCGAUAAGGAAAACAAUCCAAUCACAUCCAUAUCAAAGGUUCAACAUAUUUUCACAAAUGGUUCACUACAUUUUCCACCAUUUGCAGCAGAGGAAUUUCGACAAGAUGUUCACUGGGCGAUAUAUCGUUGCUCAGCAUCCAACAGCGUGGGUACUAUAAUAUCCAGGGAUGUGGUUGUAAAAGCAGUGGUCUAUCAGCAUUAUGAGCCUGAAGUGCAAAAUCCUGGUGGAUUUAUUGGUAGUAAUGUUCUUAUUAAAUGUAACAUUCCGUCGUUCGUCAAGGAAUACGUAACAGUAACUUCCUGGUUGCAAGAACCAAACUUUAAUAUUUAUCCAUCUCUAGAAGGAGACGGUAAAAAUCACAUGCUACCAACUGGGGAACUUUUACUAUAUAACAUAACAAGAGAUGAUUCGCAAAAGAUUUACCGCUGUCGAACACAUCACAAAUUAACACAGGACUCAAAAGUCAGCAGUAAUGUUGGCAAAAUUCAGUUAACAGAAAUGCGAGAGCUUGUUCCCCCAAUAUUGAAUGAAAAAACAAAGUCUCUAUUUGCCAGAGUUGGGGAUCCAUUAGUUUUAGCAUGUGUGGCCUAUGCAAACCCAAAACCAACUUACAG